AUAAUGCAUAUCUGUUACUGGCACACUAGCUGUUCAGUUAAGAAGACAAGAUGAGCUCUCAACCAGAAUAUACUGUCACUGAAAUGCAAGAAACACAAGAGGGGGAUAUGGUGAGGUAUGGAUCAGUUGAUCAUCUUGAUGUUAGAAGAGGAAGCAUUGGAGCACAUACCCUGGAGCAUUAUGCCAGUGCUCACUUCAGGAAAAGUAACACACGUGGUCGAAGAACCCUUAGGAGGACUUUUAGUGGCCAGCUCCAUCACAGGCAACAGACUCGGAACAAUUUGUGGCGAUUUUCUCUUGAUCCCAUUCAAAUUCCUUUAUUGAAGAAAACAUGUGAACUGUCUCAGGAGCUACAGCACAAAGCAUGCUGUUGCUUUAGAUAUAUAAUGAAGUAUAUGGGAGACUAUCCAACUAGAAAAUCCACCAUCAAGACUGCUCUUACUGACAGCAUAUUCCAACCACCACUAUCUCAUGAAGAGUUGCGUGAUGAGAUAUACUGUCAGAUAGUGAAGCAGGUUACACAAAACAGGAAGAGAUCAAGCGAAGAACGUGGCUGGGAACUUCUGUGGUUUAUAUCUGGUUUGUUUUCACCUUCUGAUCCUGACCUUUUAAAUGAAUUGGAGUUGUUUGCUCAGUCCUAUAAAGAACUCUGGCCUGUUGCUUCAGACAUACAAGAACGAUUAUUUACAGUCUCAAAAGUUCCUUUUUGCCGUAUAUAUCCACCUCAUAUUACUGAGGUAAAUGCCAUUCAAAACAAGACACAGAAUCUUUACCAGAGAAUAUUAAUUCCUGAUGAAUCUAGUCAAGCAGUUCAAAUUCACUCUUUGCUCAAGUGUCAAGAGAUUUGCUCUCAACUUGUUGAACUGUUGGGUCUUCAAUCAGCUGACGGAUUUGGGCUUGUAUUAACUACAGAGAAUGAUGUUUUUGCAAGCUACAGUGAUGACUAUUUCAUGGAUUUUUUACAUGAGUCAACCAAGCAUGUUUAUUCUACUGGCUCUGAUAGUGAUGAUCUAUAUCAAAUUGUGUUUGUCAAAAUACAUUAUGUUAACACUGAUGUUGGAUGUGAUUACACUGCUGAUAUAGUGUUUCAUUUUCCUCAGGAGUUGUCAAAAUAUCUUCAUGGCUGUUACAGGGUCAGUGCUGACGAAGCAACUCAAAUUGGCUCGUACAUAUAUCGUUCAAAGUUUGGUUCUCAACCUUUUCACCUUGAUAGUUUUAAUACCCUAAUACCUGAUUUAGUUCCUUUGCAGUCAUACACAGAGCACACCUUAGUAGACUGGGAAGAUCAAAUCUUAAGCAAAUACAGGCAGCAUUCUAUUUUAUCGCCCGAAGAAGCAAAAAUUAGCUUCUUAAAAUGCUUAAGUAGAUGGCCUGUCUUUGCAUCACAUUUCUUCGAAGUUACACAAUAUCUUGGCUUAGGGUUGAAAAGGGACAGAAUACUUGCCAUUAAUCAGAAUUACAUAUUACUUCUGAAUGAAAACAAUGAUGUUGUGGAGUCACAUUCCUUGUCUUCAGUAAUCUCAUGGAGCUAUUCUGUUAAAGCACAUCAGCUAAAGCUGUCACUAAAGACAGGAGUAGUGCUAUCCCUUGUAACAACUCUAUACUAUGAGAUAAGUCAGCUAUUGACAUACUAUAGCAACUAUGCCAGGACAAAUAAAGACACAAUUCAUACAAAGCACAGGAUAUCAAUAUUAUGUGACUCAAUAGCAUAAUAAUUAUUAAUGUAGCAAGUUAAUAUUAUAUUAAUAGAAAAAGUUUGUUCUCAAAGCCA